AUUGGUGAUAAGGAAACUACGUCAGAGGUCAGGGUUGAAAGUUGACAGAACCGACGCAUGGUUGGUUCGCGGGAAACGUCCCAUAACAAACCUUUGUAUAUUUUGGAUAUUUGUCUUGGUAGCGUUAUUGAGAACCGUAACUUGGUCUCAACUUUCUUAACUCAAGACAACAACAGGAUUGUACUAGCUACGAUGAUAAAAUAGUUACCUUUUCAUUUACGUUACAUUUUUUGUCAACUAUAAUUCGAACGCUAACAAUAGUUUUGCUACGUUAGCUAUCUGUCGCUAGCUUUGUAGUUGGAGCGAGUUCAAAUUAUCCAUAAGCCACUUGCGUUGAACAUUAAUUAUUGGGGGUGAUCUGAAAUGGCGGAAAGACCCGAGGACCUUAACCUUCCGAACGCUGUUAUUACUCGCAUUAUUAAAGAGGCGCUACCGGAUGGUGUUAAUGUGUCAAAAGAAGCAAGAAGGGCAAUAUCGCAAGCGGCCAGUGUAUUCGUUUUGUAUGCAACUUCAUGCGCAAACAAUUUUGCUAUGAAAGCAAAAAGAAAAACUCUGAAUGCAGCAGAUGUGUUGGCUGCCAUGGAGGAAAUGGAGUUUGAACGGUUUUUGGAGCCUCUAAGGGAAGCAUUGGAAGUUUACAAAAAAGGGAAAAAGGAGGUGUCUGAGCAGAAACGCAAAGAAAAAGAGAAGAAGGAGACGGAUAAUGAUAAGAGUCGAGAGGAAGAGGAUGAUGAAGAACGAAUGGAGGAAGAGCCAGAGGCUGAAAAUGAUGCAGAGGAGGAGGAAGUGGAGAACUAAAGAACAUUCCAGUGGCUUAUCCUACUUUCACUUAAGGAGCCAUCACAAACAAUGAAAAUGCACUCUUAUGAUCCUUUUGGGGUUAUGACUGAUUGAUGGGCAAAGUUUUUCAAUUGAUGUACUUGAACCAAUGUAUUUUUUCCAUUGCAUUCAAAAGCAUCAACACAUGCAAACCUGUCUUGAUUGGUCACUGAAGGGUUUAGUUUCAGGACUAGGAUCUCAGGUCUUUAGCCUAGUGCACGAAUGUUGCUAUGUGCAAGGCUGUUUUGCUAUUGGGUCAGUUUUGUAUGUCUAGAAUAUGUUCCAAAUAUAGUUGCUGGUUUCAAUGAUCAAAUUGAUACUGCUGUUUUUGUAAAAUACAUGGACAUUGUCCUGAUAUUGUUAACAUGUUACCAAUUUGUUUUUUGGUCACAUGGUCCAGUAGCCUGGCUACAUAGUUGAAUGCCUUACUUGAAGGUCCUCAGCAAUAUGACUUAAUAAAUGUAUAAACCUACCAGUUCAA